AUUCACGGCAGCGGAGGCGACAGUGAACAAAGCGGAUAGCGAGCGCCCACCAAACUGCUGUCAGCCUAACAGCAGCCACGGACUACCACUCUUACAUCUACAAGAGCACUAGGCAUUGCCACCUGCGUCUCCGUUACACCUGCCUUGCCUGCUGCCGCUUGCGCACUGCGGUGGGAUGCGAGAUAAAGAGAGUGAAAAGGAGCAAGCCCCACGCUCAAUACCUCCAGUUUACUGGCCGUUCUGUUGUCAGGGGUUCCAUUAUCCUUAGGCUGUCGACGUCCUCACUUAGAGCGGUCAGAAAUUGGUCAUCCAAUUGACAACAUCGCGCGUGGACAAGUAGUCGACAGAUAAAUUGCAACCACUUUCAUUACGAGUCUCGCCACAAACUUUUUCUGACUCGACAUUAUUUGGUAAAGGCUACCAUCAAUAAACAAAGGAAAAAUACGAAAAAGGCGAAGAAAAAAGAGCGUCAACGCUAGCGGCAAUCGAACAGGAACCAACGGAGUGGCGGUCAGAACAGGUUAGCGAAGGCACAAGUUUUAACAAGCUGGGGAAUACGCACCUACCUCACAAUAGCGAAGAACCAGCUGAGUCAGAUCUGAGGAAGCAGGAAGAGAGAAAGAGAAAGAGAGAGAGAGAGAGAGAGAGAGAGAGAGAGAGAGACGAAGGAAAAACGAGUGCAGGAUUCGCGUCUCAGAUCAGCACACGUACACUAGGAGGAGGACCAGUCAUUGAUAUACGCUAUCUAAUAGUAGCAAUAAAAAGGACGUGUACAAGAAGUUUUCCAUUGUGCAGCUGUUGCGACACCCAUACCUUGGCCAACGUAAGGACUGAGAGGAACGAAACGGACCAGCAACGAUCGUAGUUAAACGUCGUCAGGAAUAAGUCGACACAUUACAGUGGUGCUUUCGAUGAUGUGACUCUUUCGGUGAUUUGACUAUCGCUGGCAACCGUUCUAAGUUUUCUUCGAAAAGUCACUAAGUCCUAACAAGACAGGAAGUUCGAUAGACAUUUUGCGAACGGCUCUAUAACAGAAACCAGGGUGUCGAUGCUGUGGUAUUUAUCUAGCAGUGCAACGGAAGCAAUCAGACGACUGCUCUCUGUCGGUAAUCCACCUAUUUAACCAGCUGAUUUUAUACUCGGGCCAUACACUACAGCAAGACGCUAGCUGCUACACUGACAAUGGCAAACCAGGACAUCUUCACAGUAAAUGCCGCUAUCUUUUUGAGGACCCUUUUGAUCUUCGGCUUUGCUAUUCAUACGAUGACAACGGUGAUGUUGGUUUCUGCUGCGGAUGGACCGACUACGGCGAGUACAGCUGCUACACAAGCCGUAAGCAGUGAGUCAACCAUGACGACGUCAACAGAAUCCUCAGUGAAGUCGACAACGAUGCAGUGCACGAAGGCGUACGAAUAUGACUGCUGUCAGGACUUCACAAACGUUUCGAUCAGUGAAGCGGAGGAAAUCGUCAGAAGGGCGAUCGAUUACCAAAAUAUCAAAGAGAACAAAACGUCGUGGACUCUAGAUUCAGUCGAAACGGCUAAAAUGAAGGACUGCAAGCCACCAUACUAUAAAGUGAAGGCAAGGCUGAACAAGACAACAAUGGCCGACGGUACUAUGACUGUGGUUGACUGUCAGAUGCGAUUUCUCUACCGAAUGGCCGACACAGAUGAGUCGGACACCGGCGGUGCUAUGUCCGCCGACACAAUCAUUGUUAAGGACUUCUGCAACGGAGCCACAGUGUGGCAACGGGGAGUGACCUUCACGUUCGUUUUGCCAGUUUUAACGUUUUUCAAUCGCAAGCUACACUGAGCAGUGCCUAAAAUGUUCCCAUCAUCUAUGACGAACUGUUUCGGAAGAUUUAUUUAAAUAUUUUCUUCCUUUGAUGAAUCUGCAUUUUCGUAUUACGUUGAUUAUUAGCUUAGGUUAGAGCAACCUCGUUUGGUUCAAGGUAACUGUCAAAUCACUCGAUUUCCUUUGUAAUUACAUUUGACUAUAACCUCACCAUGUUAGAGCUUCUAUGUGUAUUUUUCGGCACUUCGGUAUUGCCCUUUUACAGAUGAGAGAACUUUCCCCCAACCCGUUUAUCUGCUCGUCUAUUGUUUGCUAUCCGGUUCGCAACAGACAUUAUUCCUUGUAGAUGUGUAUGGCAGUCCUUCUCCUAAACGGCUUCUAUUGCAGAGACAUGUACCCAUAAAGCCACCUAGCACUAGCUUAGUUUUUGAAAGGCAGGAAGGUAUACUAAAUAAAUGAAAAAAUAAAAGUAACAAAGGAAAUUCAGUCACAAAUCAUAGGUCUUCCUCGAAUUGUACGCCAUGCAUACGUACCCACUAAACACUAUGCAUGCGCGCAAAUUUUCUUUGGAUAUUUGGCACGCUGUUAAUAUUCAGACAGUUACCGUCAGCUGAUCUUAUCCCUAGCGAUUUUUGGUCAGAAGUUUAUUUCAGCUCACUAUUUAGACACAUUGCUGAUUCUAGAAGAUCAGCGAAAUAACUUGAGACAUAUCUUUGACACUGGGUGGAAUAUUUUCACGGGUUUAGCAGAUGACUGGGCCUGGGAAUGAAGAGGUCUUCUGCACGUGGGAGAUCUUUUCUUCGAGGAGCUCUAAUUAGACACAUCUUUUCGUCAUCAGCUGGAGGACAGAGUAAUGCAGGAAUCAUUCAAGGGAAAUUUUCGAUGAACGCAUCAGGCUAAUACAGGUCAUUCAGUGGCAUAAGGUUCAUUCGUAGAAUGUCUUGUCGAAUGUAGGUCGCACAGUUAUUUAUGACGUUACCAGGCGUGUGGCAACACUCCUGGUUCCUCAGCUGUGGAAUCGGCCCUUUCAACCGGGGGCCGAAGUAGGCAGAACGCCAAAACGAAGUGGAGACUUGAUCAAACGUAAAAAAAUUAUACUUGCAUGUCUUUUGAUAAUUCCAAAUGUUACAAACGCCUCAUCGAUAAGGUCUCACAAAAACACUAUUUCCUAUACAAAACGGCUUUGUAUUUUGCCCACAUGGGAUUGUUCGUGGAAUUUUCCCUCAAGAAGAAAUAGACUCUAAGCACAGAGUGGCACCGACAAAUGUUUAAUCUGUCAGAACUAACAAGCGAAUUCAACUGCUGCGAUUGGUAAGACAAAUGCACACGAGAAAGGGGGUUUCAAACGAAGUGAGAUUUAAUAUGAAAUAAAUGGAAAAGCGAUAUAUACGAUCUUAUUAACAUUAGUAUAAGGGUCUCGAUGCUGUCAGGUCACGGAGAGUGGUUAUGAUAAUAAAUAGAUCACAUGUAACAGGGAAAGUUACAACUUUCAAGUAAAAUGUCUUCUUGUUAUGUGCUACGAACUAGAUAGCAUAUUACUAUUGUUUUUACUGUAACUAUUCGUCGUUCGUGUAAGCAUGACUUACAAUCGCAAACUUAGUUCAGAUUGAUAUAUAUAUAUAUACAAUGCAACAAGAGAUUACUUCUUAUUAUUAGUAAAUAAAAGUUUGACAUCAAAUGAUAUA